AACGCACAGGUCUUCUCACACGGCCUAGACUUUGCUAUAAAGACCUGGUCUGUGUGUGCCGAGUCAUUUCAGUCACUGCUCGCAGUCUGUAAACAUGUCUGGAAGAGGUAAAGGAGGAAAGGGACUCGGAAAGGGAGGUGCCAAGAGGCACAGGAAGGUGUUGCGUGAUAACAUCCAGGGUAUCACCAAGCCCGCAAUCCGUCGUCUGGCUCGACGAGGUGGUGUCAAACGUAUCUCUGGACUCAUCUACGAAGAGACCCGUGGUGUCCUUAAGGUUUUCCUUGAGAACGUCAUCAGGGACGCUGUCACAUACACCGAGCACGCCAAGAGGAAGACUGUCACAGCUAUGGAUGUUGUGUACGCUCUGAAGAGGCAAGGACGUACUCUGUACGGAUUUGGCGGUUAAACCCAGAACGAACCCUGUCAACAAACAACACAAACGGCCCUUUUUAGGGCCACCAAACUUCUCAAAAAGCUUCAAUAUCACUCGAAAAUACGCAAUCUUAGUUUGUUUCUUUAUUACAAUUAUUGUUUAUGUACAACUGUAGCUAUUCCAUUCUCAUAAGCACAAACAACUCACAUGGGGUAAUUAAUAAACACUACAUCAAUUACAUUGCACUCGCAACACAGGCUAAUUCAAUAACAACCAAUUGUAUAAUUACAUUUUAUUUAUUUCCAUCGCUAUGUCACCAGUAUUAAAAACAUAAAUGC